UAUCGAGAGAGCCGCGCUGGAGUCUGGCUUAGUACCGAAUCGAUUGUCUGGUCGUUGCUGCGUUGCAUAGAGAAUUUUCAACCUGGAAUUGUGUUCUUUUACCGACAGACUUCUGUCACAGGGUAUCAUUUCGCUCCAGCUGUUACUUUAGUGGAAUUUUUACAGGUUUGUGUCGCAUCUGGAGGUAAUUUGGUCAGGCUGUUAUCCAAAGGAGGCUUGCAGGAACUAUUUGCUGGGAUGCCGCCAUGAUACUAAGCUAGACUCUUUUCAUGGUUCUCUGCUGAUUCACUCGCUUGGAACACCAACUUAUUGCUAAUGUGUAAGUGCGACUAACAGCAUCCAAACUGGAUCCACUUGACGAUUUCGACCCGUCCAAAAUGGACGAUUAUAACGACGAUGAUGACGGCAUACAGGACAAGUCUUCCCAUGGUAGACUUCGAAAAAGAAAGGCAAAUCAGACCUUCAUGAUCAAAGAGGAAGACUCGGAUGAUGAUGAUAUCGAAAAGGGUGACCAAAAAAUGCCCAGAACGUCGGACGAGUCUAAUAAAGAGAAGUUUGCAAGGGAGAACCAUAGUGAGAUUGAGAGGCGAAGAAGAAAUAAAAUGAAUGCUUAUAUAAACGAGUUAUCUGAUAUGGUACCAUCCUGUAAUGGAUUGGCUCGGAAACCAGAUAAACUCACUGUGCUUCGAAUGGCUGUGAACUACAUGAAAUCUCUCAGAGGACCAGGCCAGGGUCCUAGUGAUGUAUCAUACAAGCCUUCAUUUCUCUCCGAUCAAGAACUUAAGCACCUUAUAUUGGAGGCAGCAGAUGGUUUCUUGUUUGUUGUGAAUUGCCGCACUGGAACUGUGGUGUAUGUUUCAGACUCUAUAACUCCAGUCCUCAACCAACCUCAGAGUGCUUGGAUGAAUCAGGAAAUUUUUGACUUAGUUCAUCCUGAUGAUGCAGAGAAAAUUAGAGACCAGUUAUCUGCUACUGAGUCCCCAGAUGCAGGAAGGGUCCUUGACUUAAAGACUGGAAGUGUGAAAAAAGACAGCCAUGGAGCUCUGUCAAGAAUGUAUUCCAACUCAAGGAGAAAUUUCAUUUGCCGCAUGAGAUGUGGAAAGGAAGAGAGUGAUAAUGCUGCAAGGGGAAAAGAUAAUCGUUUAAAACUUCUUGAUGAUGAAUAUGCCAUUGUGCACUGUACUGGCUAUAUUAAGUCCUUUGGAGGCAGCACAGCUGUAUGUACAUCAGGAGAUGCAGAUACCUCAGAGAACAGCUGUUUGGUGACUAUUGGAAAACUUCAGCCAACAAGUAUACCCCAGAGCUCUGACUUGUUGGAUUCUCCUCCUGUGACAGAGUUUAUCUCUAGGCACAGCUUGGAUGGUAAAUUUACAUUUGUUGACCAGAGAGUGUCAGAUGUUCUAGGAUACAAACCCCAAGAACUUCUUAAUGAAGUGUGUUAUGACUUUUUCCAUCCUGAUGACUUGGAACAUAUGAUGGAAAGUUAUCAACAAGUAAUGAAACUGAAGGGCCAAACACUUUCCGUGAGAUAUAGAUUCCGUGCUAAGGAGGGUAGCUGGGUGUGGCUUCGAACAAGCUGUCACAGUUUUCAAAAUCCUUACACUGAUGAAGCAGAAUACAUUGUUUGCACCAACUGCCGUGGUCAACCUAGUGGCAAUAUGCAGCCUGUAACUCUAAACCUGUCCAGUCCAACUGUAAACUCCUCUCUCAGUGGGCCACUGACAGGCAGUACAGAUUAUUCUGAUAUAUCUCCUCGCACAGACCUAACAAGCCCCGACUCUGCAGUGUCUAUGUAUCAGAGACACCCCCAGCUUGCUCCAGUACGAGAUGAAGCCAUUCAUCGUUAUACACAAGGAGGUGCAGUCCCAAAAGUAUCCCCACGUUUGGAAGGUGGCUUGGAAGCUCUUUCCAAGGCUAGUGAGCUUACUGACAAGCGAAGUAAUGUUUCGCCCAACACUCCUGCCGCUCAAGUACCUAAGAAAUCUGAAGGUACAAUGGGUAUUCCAGUGUCUAGUGCAACAGCACAGAGACUUCCACCAGGAAUGAUACAACAUGCCAUAGAACAUGGCACUGUUGACUUGGACAGUGCUGAGUUUUCUGCUGGCCAAGCUGGCAGUCUGCUUGCAGCCAUGGUUCAGCGGAGAAAUGCCAUGGCUGCUGCUGCAGUUUCUCAAGCUCAAACACAGCAGGGUGGGUACCCUCUCAUUUCUCAGAUGAAUGGUAACAUGGCCACAAUGAUGAGACCUGGAAACAUGGGAGGACAACAAAGAGCGAUGGGUCCAAUGUCACCAAUGGAGAUUAUGAGAGCACAAAUUCCACGUAAUAUGCCUGACAUGAACUCCCCUGGAAUGAUGGGUUAUGGCAGUGCUACAACAACCCGAAAUGGUCAAACCCCUGGGAAGAACACAGUGGACACUGGCCAAAAGAGUGGGUACCCACAGGUCAUGAAUGAUGGUGUAAGUGGAAGAGAUAUGAUUUCUGGAGCAUGGGCACACCAGAAUGUUAUGGCAAGACCUAUUAGAGAAGGUGAGAUGAAGCCAACAGCACCUGGAGGAAUGCCUCUUGCAUCACAGAUGGAUGCUGCCACACAACAAGGGAUGUACAGUGGAAUGAGACCACCUGGAGACCCAUCCAAUGUGCGAGGACCCACACCAGGAUAUCAUUACUACCAGUAACAGUAGAGAGCCCAGAAGUAGAAAAUAUACUCACUGAAAUGCAUGAAUCAGGACUUACUUAACUUUUUAUGUGCAGUAAAGUCAAAUCUGCCUAAAUGGUUUUCCACUGACAUCUCCCAUGGUAGGUCAAAAUGCACGAGGCUCAAUGUAUCUUGCAAUCUUUGCAGAAAAGAUCAAUAAUUUUCACUGGUAUUAUGUAACCAAUAUGGUAAUUGGCAAGAGGCAAAUAUUAUUUGCAAAAGAGCUUUGAGAAAAAAGUCACCACAGAGAAUGCUUCAAUAUGGAGACACUAGCUAUGACCAGGCUUAUUAUAUUUAACAAAGCUAGUUAGUAACUAUGACAUCGGAAAGAUCUCUAUAAGAAUCCAUGAAACAUGUUUCUUAACUGUAGGGUGAAACUUUAGAAGUGUGUUAGCAAGUAGUUUUUUUAAAAAAGAGGAUUACUAUAAUUAUGAAAGAUUUUUAUCUUGUUCCUUUUUGCUCUUGUCUUCAUUUUGUUAUUUGAUUAUCUGACUUUCCUUCUUGAGAGAACUGGAAAGCUAUAGCAAAGUAUUUUUUGAACACAUGGUAUCUAUAGUUAAUAUUGUUUGUGAUAAGAAUUAUAGCUUUGAGUGUCACUGCAACCAUGGAACUUGCAAGUGAAAUAUACUUACUCCCAUACACAUAAGGCUUUAAACUGUGCAUUGUUGUGGAAACCUUUCCACUAUUGUGGUUAGUUCUGUUUAUUACAACUUUUUCUCUUUUGAUACUCAUUCUUGCAGGAACUUGUUAACUUGUACUCUUUAACAUGAUUAUUUUUUACCAUGGAAACAAUAUAAUCAAACAAAAUGGUUAUUGUUAAUGAUCUCCUUGCUGAAAGGAAACUUGUAUCAUAGGCUUAACAUGGAAUUAUUAUGGACUGUUCACAAGAAAAUCUUCACAUUCUAUUGAAAGUGCACAUUUUUGUAUUGUCCAAUUACAUAUACCAGAGAGAUUUUUAUCAUUCGUAUUCUCUUUAAGGAACAAUCUCCUCUGUGGGUUUCCUGUUGUAUUAGUGACUUUCACUAUAAAUGUUGUUGUUAUCAUGCCUCUAAAAAUGAUAGUGAAGCAGCUUGUAUAGCUGGUGGUAUUGUUUUUUGUGUGUGAGGCUAAAAGACAUAUCUCCUGCAUCUUAAUAAAGGGUCAUGUUCAUUA